AACUUUUUCCUAUUUCAAACUGUUUUAACAUUAACACGCUAACAAAUGGAGUACAAAAUUUUACACAACACUUCCCUCUCUCUCUUUCUCGAGCCCCUACCUUCUUCCUCGCCUAUGUUUCUCUCUCUCUCUCUCUCUCUCUCUCUCUACAAGUUCUUAGCCCCAAAAGAGAAGAGGGUUUCUUUCCUAAUCUCUAUCGAGUCUAAAAAACAGCUAAACCAGAGUUGCAGGAACAUGAAAUGGGUCGAUCGGAUUUUUCUCAAAAGGCUGCAUUUCUACACUUUAUGUUUCUGAAGCAAACAUCUUCCUCUUUAUAUCAGUAAAGAAUAUCAGUAAAGGAAGAAGAAGAAGAAGAGAUGGGUUGUGUUGCCUCAAAGUUAGAGGAAGAAGAAGAAGUUGUUACCAUCUGUAGAGAAAGAAAACGGCAACUAAAGUUAGCUGUUGAGAGAAGGUAUGCUCUAGCAGAGGCUCAUUGUAAAUAUUGUCAAGCUUUAUAUGCUGUUUCAGCUGCCAUUAAGCUCUUUGUAGCUCGCCAUUCUUCUCCUUCCCCUUUUCUCAUCACAUUCCCUCCUCCAUGUUCUUCUUCUUCUCCUCCCCCUUCAGAAAAAGUGGUAAACAAUCCAAUGUUUCUUCAGCAAACACCUUCUGAUUCCGCCCAUGAAGCCAUAGCUGCCUGCCCUUCAUGUGCUUCCUCUUCUUCAACCUCUGCAGAGUCCUCCAUGGAUGAAGGAGAAGAAGAAGAAGAAGAAGAAGAAGAAGAGCUAGUUGAGGAGAGGAUAGAACAGGUCCCUUCAUAUUUCUACAUGCAAAUGCCACCACCAAUGCCAUCUCCUCAGAGGGAGUUUGCAUGGGAUUUUUUCAAUCCAUUUGACAGUAUGAGGACUGAUGUCGUCGCUGCCGCCGCCGAGUAUCGACAAAGCUCGGAGGACGAUCUCAGGAUGGUGAGGGAGGAAGAAGGCAUUCCAGAGCUGGAAGAGGCAGAGGAAGAAAAGGAAGAGCAAAGGCAGAGAGUUGUGGCUGUUGUUGAAGAGGAAAAUGUUGGUGUUCUUAAAGAGCCAAGGAAUGGAGUUGAAAUGGUUAAAGAAGAGGGUAAGUUGAAGCAGAAAGGGCUAACAGUCAUUGACACACCAGUGGAAGGAAGGGAACUUUUGGAAGCUUUGCAGGACAUUGAGGACUAUUUCAUUAGGGCUUAUGAUUCCGGAAUUGAUGUUUCUAGGAUGUUAGAGGCCAACAAAAUUCAGCUCCAGUCUGGUUUAGAGGAGAUCAAAGAGAACUCGACAAAACUCAUCCAAGCGAUAACUUGGCACCGGGCUGCUACGGUCAAACCUUCAUCAUGUAAGAGUCUAGUAGCAUCCAGUUCGAAGAGUUCUUCGUCAUGGACAGAGUUUAAGAAUGAACUAUUUGAUGAUUAUGGCGUAAUGGACUCGGGAAGCCAUUCAUCAACUCUUGGACGGUUAUAUGCUUGGGAGAAAAAACUCUACGAAGAGGUUAAGGCUGGGGACAGUAUGCGCAAACUGUACGAGAAAAGAUGUUCACGACUAAGAAACCAGGACAUUGAAGGGAGUAAUGGAGUCACAAUCGAUAAAACUCGAGUUGCAGUAAAAGAUUUAUAUGCCAGGAUCUUGGUGGCCAUUCGGAGUGCCGAGUCUAUCUCAACAAGAAUAGAGAAACUCAGAGAUGACGAGCUACAACCUCAGAUCAUUGAGCUAUUAAAAGGCUUAACAAGAACAUGGAAAAUCAUGUUGGAGGUUCAUGAAACCCAAAAAAAGAUUAUUCUUGAAGUGAAGACUUAUUCCUGCCAUUCUUAUCUGAAAUUCUGUAACGAAUCUCAUCGUCUUGCAACACUUCAGCUUGGGGCUGAGCUUCUAAACUGGCGUUCAUGUUUUUCAAAAUAUGUUGAAUCACAAAGGGCUUACAUUGAAGCUCUCCAUGGAUGGCUGACCAAGUUUGUAAUGCCUGAGGUCGAAUUCUAUUCUCGAAGUCGGGCUUCGUCUGUACCUUAUGGGCUGCACGGACCUCCAUUGCUUUCAACCUGCCGUGAUUGGCUAUCUUCCAUGCAAAAGUUACCAGAUAAAGCAGUAUCCUUUUCAUUGAAAAGUUUUUCAAAGGAUAUGAAGGCUCUAUCAGAUAAGCAGAUGGAAGAGCAGCAGCAAAAGAGAAGAGUUGAAAGUAUGGUGAAGGAACUCGAUCGAAAGAUUCUGUCAUUCCAAAAAACAGAGAACAAGUUCUUGGAAUUCAACUUUACCGAGACGAAAUCAGAGUUGGAAGUCGAAAAUGAGAACGAAUACUUGACAGAGAAGAAAGAUCAGCUGGACAUGUUCAGAAAGAAGCUAGACUUGGAGAAGGAAAAGCACCAUAACUGCAUUCAAGAAGCACAAAGCAUCACAUUAAAUGGAAUCCAAACAGGGUUUUCUGCAGUCUUUGAAUCCUUAUCAGAGUUUGCCAAGGCUUCCCAAAAAAUGUACAACGACCUCGUGACAAACAGCGAGAAUGCCAAUAAACCCGAAAAUAUGAACUAUAUCGAGGGCUCCCAAUCAGAAGAAAAUGUUGGCAGAUGAUAGGAGGGAGGGACUAAAAAGGGGUAUUCUUUUUUCCUGAAUUCUGUAAAUUAUACCUAGUCGAAGCAGCUCGCUGAGACAUAGGUUUUUAUUUUCCUUCCAACAUUCCAUCCUAGAAAAUUGUUAAGAUUUUGUUUCAGGCUUUCAUUCCCACAAUUUUGUUGCAGACAAGGUCAUGUUAUUGACUUUCUACACUAUUGGCAAGAGGCUAAAAAUGUAGAUUUGGAUUCUAAGUGGGCAAUUAUUGUAAGUAGCUUCAAUGUUCCUGAAAAAACAAAGAAGCUUGGGACCUAAAUUUGGUCAACAGCUCUAUUUCAACCUUUUUCAGCUUUCCAGUAAUCAAUUGGUCUUCUCUA